GCAGUUUUAACAUUCAAAAUAUGCGUUGGAUAAUUAUGGAGCCGAUGAGCUAAACAAAAUUAUUCGUCGUUUCGACAUGAAGUCACCGACUACGGGAAAUGACUUAACAGAACCUCAGGAAUUUAAUCUGAUGUUUUCCACGAUGAUUGGUCCUACAGGUCAAUGUAAAGGUUAUCUUCGCCCGGAGACUGCUCAGGGGAUAUUCGUUAAUUUUCAAAGGCUGUUGCAUUUUAACCAAGGUCGUCUUCCUUUUGGAGCUGCACAGAUUGGUUCAGCCUUUCGAAACGAGAUUAGUCCACGUUCUGGAUUGAUUCGUGUGCGUGAAUUUACCAUGGCUGAAAUAGAAUACUUUGUGGAUCCUACUGAUAAAAGUCAUUCCAAGUUUAAAGAGGUGAGGGAUACAAAAAUGUUAUUAUAUUCAGCAUGUGAUCAAAUGAGCGGUGAAGGGCCUAGAACAAUCACUAUCGGAGAAGCAGUCGACAAGGGCAUUGUUGCAAACCAAACAUUAGGCUACUUUAUGGCCCGUAUACAUUUAUUCUUAGUUCAUAUUGGAGUAGAUUCAAAACGUCUACGUUUUCGACAGCAUUUGUCAAAUGAGAUGGCUCAUUAUGCCUGUGAUUGUUGGGAUGCUGAAUGUCAAACAAGUUAUGGUUGGAUUGAAUGUGUUGGUUGUGCUGACAGAAGUUGUUAUGACUUAAAUCAACAUAGCAAGGCAACAGGUACUCGUUUAGUGGCUGAAAAACGAUUAGAUGAACCUCAAACUGUACAAAUAUGUGAAUGUGUGCCUAACAAAGGUGAACUUGGGAAAGUGUUCCGUGGAGAUGCUAAAGCAAUUAUACAACAGUUGAGCUCACUUACACUUGAUGAAUCUCUUUCUAUAAAGAAUGAGUUAGAAAAAAAUGGAAAAGUUACAUUAACUGUCAAUGGUAAGCAACUGGAUGUCACUCAGUCAAUGGUUCAAAUGAAAGAAUACGAAAAUGUUUUACAUGUGAAAGAAAUAGUCCCAAAUGUUAUUGAGCCUUCAUUUGGAAUUGGUCGAAUCUUAUAUACCAUAUUUGAACAUUCUUUCCGUGUACGAGAAGGUGAUGAACAACGAACUUAUCUGUCUGUAUCUCCAGUACUGGCUCCGUAUAAAUGUUCUUUGCUUCCACUUUCAAAUCAUCCGGAUUUUGCACCGAUUGUACGCAAAUUGUCUAUUGAACUGACUAAAUGUGGAGUUUCACAUCGAGUUGAUGAAAGUAGUGGAUCAAUUGGAAGACGUUAUGCUCGUACAGAUCAAAUUGCUAUACCAUAUGGAAUUACUGUUGAUUUUGACACAUUAAAUAAAUUGCCUGCUUCAGCAACUCUUCGUGAACGUGAUAGCAUGAAACAAAUUAGAGUUCCUUUGGAUGAAUUACCAUCGCUAGUCUCUGAUAUUGCCAAUGGAAUUCGAUCAUGGGAGGAUGCAAGAGAAAAAUAUCCAUCAUUUGAACAACAGGAGACGGCUGAAAAACGAACAACAACAACAACGCAGCCAUCAACAAACAAACAUCCUGAUAAUUUAUUACAUUCACUUGCUGCUAAUGAUAACUUGAGUUUUGAUGAAAUUAGCAAAGAAUCAAUAGAGCAAGAAGCUCCUGUUAGCGAUACACAACAUCACACUAUUCAUGAGAGUGAAACACCAUCUAUCGCAUCCAAAAGUUCUCUGUCAUCAAAAGAUAAAUGUACCAUUCAUACUGGGAAGAAACCUCUUAACUGGACAGACUGUGGUAAAGCUAUUCGAAAACGCUAUAAGGAGCAGGAGGAACGAGAAAAAAUACUAAGUAUGCAGAACUCGGUAACACUGUCUUCUAGUUUAUCAAGUGAUUUACCACGUGACAUAGACACCAGAAGUAGUAUUUCAGGAUAUGAUGCUGAUCAUGAAGAUAAUAUCGGUAGUCGUCUGAAUGCUAACCACUCUCCAUCUCCUUAUACUGAAGCCGAUAAUGUUCACCAGCUAUAUGGCGUUAGUCCUGAGCCUGGCCAAUCAAUAUUAAAACAUGAAGAGACUUAUUUAGAAUCCCCAAAUAAUAUCACAUCAGAUAAAAAACCCGCUGUUCUUGAUAACAGCAAUACUCCAAUUGACAAUUUGUCAGAAUGGCCGUCACUCUUGCCUAAUAGAAAGCCAAAAGAAAAUCUCCCUCACCAUGGCCUUUUCGUUGGAGAUGGAUGGCCAAAUGGAAAUAAAAAAGAAUCGAAACCUAAUAGUUGUGCACCAGAAAGUAAUUAUUCUUCAAGUAAGUCUCAUCUUUCUUCGGAACCAGCACCAUCCAGUACUCAAAAAUCUGAAAGUCUUAACGUAAGUGGCCAAGAACGCCCUGAAUGGGCUUCCCUUUUAGCCAAGCUGAAUCAACCACAAUUCGAAGCCGAAAUGAGUCAAUAUCUUGACACUGACUCACUUAAAGUAAAAAGUAAUCAUACACCACCUAAUAAGUGCACAACAAAAGACAAUAGUGACGUUGUAAAUUCUGAAUCAACUGAACCGUCUCAUCAUGGUCUUUUUGUGGGGAGCGGAUGGCCAAGUGUAAAACCGAGUAAGAAAGAAGCAAUUCAUAGGUCGGAAAGUCCUAAUCGUACAGAAAUUAAAUCUCAAGAAAUGUCCAAGAAUAAAGAGACUGUAUCGAAUACUGAACUGGGGGAGAAAGCAAACAACAAUGAUUGGGGUUCAGUUCUCACUCAGAUUCCUGAAAGUCUUUUAGACUCAGAACAAAUGCAGAUUGCUCAACUGGAUUUAAGUGACGUCAACGCAUUCAGCACUGUGAAGUUAGAGUCAGACACUCAAAUGACAUCUGUUCCUCAAAAUCUUGAGCCUAUUUCCCAUUCCCCCCUCAUACCAAAUCUUCCAGAAAAUUCUGGCGCUUCUGCAGAACUUGAACAGCCUGCUAAUUUGGAAUCCAUAACACCAAUGAGUCAACAUAUCGAUACUGACGACAAACGCAACAUUCACGCACCAAGAGAUACUGCUUCUCAAGAUAUUCAUGACAUUACUGUUAUGCAAAAUGACAUAAAAAAUACCUCGGUAUCACUUGGCAAUAGCACCUCGUGUGCUUCUUCUCAUAUUACAACAGAUGCUAAAAUUGAGUCAAAUAUAAACCUAGCAGAAGCUAAACAAAAUGUAAAUGAUGUUGAGCAGUCAAAUCAAUCAGUAGUGAGUAAUGUGAUGCCAAUUUCUGAUCCUCAACCAUUAGUUGAUACAAAGAAGUCUGAGUCACCUGAUAAUUCAACCGAACCUACCACUAAUGUUAAUGAUAAUGCUAAGCCUACAGAAGCUACUUUAUCCAAAGAUAAACCG